AAUGAGCUGGCCUUAACAUUUAGCCAUCUAUGAACCGGUAACCGGAAACAAAGAUUGUGAAUAGUAAAAACAGCGUGAGAAUGUCGUCGGCACCAAUUGCUGAAAGAAAUCAAGAUGCCACAGUGUAUGUUGGUGGUCUUGAUGAUAAAGUCACAGAAGCUAUAUUAUGGGAAUUAUUUUUACAGGCAGGGCCUGUAGUCAAUGUCCACAUGCCAAAAGAUAGAGUAACACAGACACAUCAAGGGUAUGGUUUCAUUGAGUUUCUAGGAGAGGAAGAUGCAGAUUAUGCUAUUAAAAUCAUGAAUAUGAUCAAAUUAUAUGGUAAACCAGUUCGGGUUAAUAAGGCAUCAGCUCAUCAGAAGAACUUAGAUAUUGGUGCUAAUAUAUUUAUAGGAAAUUUAGAUCCAGAAGUAGAUGAAAAACUUUUAUAUGAUACUUUCAGUGCUUUCGGUGUUAUUUUACAGACUCCAAAGAUUAUGAGAGAUCCAGACACAGGAAAUUCUAAAGGAUUUGCGUUUAUUAAUUUUGCUAGUUUUGAAGCUUCUGAUGCAGCCAUUGAGGCUAUGAAUGGACAAUAUUUAUGUAAUAGACCUAUUUCUAUAUCGUACGCUUUUAAGAAAGAUUCUAAGGGUGAAAGACAUGGGACAGCAGCAGAGAGAUUAUUAGCAGCACAGAAUCCAUUAUCAUUAACAGAUCGUCCUCAUCAAUUAUUUGCUGAUGCUCCUCCACCUCCUUCACAACCCCCUGCACCUUCAGGUCCCAACAUGGCACCCCCACCUCCACCCCCAGGAUCAAUGCCAAAUAUGAAUCAAAUGUCAGGUUCAUCAGCAGCUCCUAUGCCACCUCCACCAGUACCACCCCCUAACAGUAUGAUGCCACCUCCCAUGCCUCCAGGAGGAAUGCCGCCAAUGCCUCCAGGCAUGCAUCCAGGUGGUCAUCAUAUGUUUGGACCUCCAAGAAUGCCACCACCGCCACCUAAUAUGAAUCAAGGUAAUAUGGAUGGUAAUUAUAUGAAUGAUGGAUCUCAAGGAUAUGGUAUGCCACAUGGUAUGAGGCCACCACCUGGUAUGCGGCCUCCACCACCUGGCUGGAGAGGUCCACCACCCGGACAUCCUAUGUUUGGAGGUCCCGGAGGACCCCCUCCAGGUAUGCGAGGAAUGAGAGGUCCACCUCCUCCUCCUAGAGGUAUGCGACCACCUCCACCUGGUAUGAGACCACCCCCACCACCAAGAUUUUAAGGAAUCAACAUCACCAAUACAUUCUGUCAUAUUGUUAAUAGACAUUAUCAUUGUUUCAUAUUACAUGUAAAUAUAAGAAAAGAAAAACAAUAUUAUAAUAUA